GAUGCAUGCUUUCUCAGAAACAAAAACUAUGUUUAUACACAGCUCAGACCAAAGGAAUUGAAGGCACAAGUUUAACAGAAGCAGUGAAUUCGGUAUCAGAUGAUCGGUUAGUUAGUUAAGGUAGGAUGAUGGCUACAGGAAACGGACAAGUGUCGGUGCCUCCCGGGUUCCGGUUCCACCCUACAGAUGAGGAGCUGUUGUAUUAUUAUCUAUGGAAGAAGGUUUCCUACGAGGCCAUUGACCUUGAUGUUAUCAGAGAAGUAGAUCUCAACAAACUAGAGCCAUGGGAUCUAAAAGACAAGUGUAGAAUUGGGUCGGGUCCACAGAAUGAGUGGUAUUUCUUUAGCCACAAAGAUAAAAAGUAUCCUACUGGAACCCGGACAAACCGUGCAACAGCCGCUGGAUUUUGGAAAGCAACUGGGAGGGACAAAGCCAUCCAUCUCCUUAGCAAUUCCAAAAGAAUCGGGAUGCGCAAGACCCUAGUAUUUUACACUGGACGUGCCCCUCACGGCCAAAAGACAGACUGGAUCAUGCAUGAGUAUCGCCUAGAUGAUCACUAUCCUAAUCCAUCCGAGGUCCAGGAAGAUGGUUGGGUCGUCUGUCGAGUAUUCAAAAAGAAAAGCCAUAACAGAAGCCCAUUCCAAUCUGAUCAACAUCAUACUCUUCAGCCUGCAGAUGAUCAUCAUCAGUUAACUGAUCAAGACAACAAUAAGAAUGGCAGCCUACAGUUACAAGCUCUGCAUAAUAAUAGCUACGACUCUAGUACCAGCGCUACAACCUUAUUUGAUAGUUCCAUGCAUCUUCCUCAGCUGUUGACAUCUCCAGAUGACCACACCCCAUAUUUUCAAGGCUGUACCAUGAUGAUCAACGACAUGGAUAGUUCCAGGAACUUGUUGAGCUUAAUGUCAUCAGCCAGCUGUCGGGCUGGUAAUUGUGCAGGUUGCAGUAGCGGACAUCAGCCGCAAGACAAACCACUAUUAGCUACUAAUAAUGACUGGUCCUUCCUCGACAAGCUUCUAGCUUCCAACCAACAUCACCUCGGCAUUACCAGCUUUGAUCCUUCAUCUUCCCAACCCUUUCAUCAUCCUGAUGUCAACCCCUCAUCUCAUGUAUUUCCUUUCCAUUACCUUGGUUAUGAAACUGACAUUCUCAAGUUCUCCAAGUGAUCAAGGAGGCUUCUU